AUGGAGUACCCUAUGGAGUACCUAGAUGGAUUACCCCUAAAAGUCAUGUAUUGGUCAGAUAGAAUACUUUAUAAAGAUGGUGGUGAAAGUGUAACAUGGUAUGAACCUGCUCCAGGAAAGACUACUUCUAACUCUUCUGAAGUUCUCCCACCUGGCAUCGUACAGGUUAAUGAAGGAGAACCUGCUACACUGAAAUGGAACUAUGGUCUGACGUUCAAUAUAGAGCUUACUGUUGUGAGAUUUAACAAAGCUGGGAUUUUCACUGCUGAUGUCAGUCCACAAUUGAAGGAACGCUUUAGAGGAAGGUUCAUGCCAGGAAGUGUUUCCCUUGAUAUUUUUAAUGUCACUAUGGCUGAUGACAAAGAAAAGGGGAAAUUUUCCCUGGAACUGAUUGAUCCUGACGGCAAUGGUUGGAAACGAGAAAUUGAGGUUGAAGUUAUAGUCCCUACGAAAGUCACCGGCAUAAGGGGUGACCUGUCAGUUCUUGAAGGUGCCAAUUUGCUGUUAACCUGCGAAGCAUCAGGAAGACCCAAACCAAACAUCACAUGGACUAAUAAAAGAAACAGUGGUGUGGUACAAGAAGGGAAGUUGCUGAAUGUAACAAACAUCAACAGGAAUGAUUCAGGAACAUUUACCUGUACAGCAGACAAUGGUUUUGGUGAACCACAGAGCCAAACAGUUUAUGUGAAUGUUAUUUGUGCAGAGGAAGAUACUGCAAUUAUAUCGUCUGUGGAUCCAGUGAAACAUCCACAAGCGACUUCUAAAGUUGCAAGUGAAACAGGAGAUCCACUACCACAAAUUGUAGUUGUCGAUCAAACCAAGAAGACACCUAAACCCGGUGAGCUUCUUUCUGUUGGAGUUGGUGGACCGGACAGUACCAUUCGCAGGGAAACACUGCCACGCGUUAGUGGUGGGGAUGCUGUUAAUGUAGAAAUUUGCAAAACUAGUUUCGUGAAUAUGUGA